CAUAUUUCUCUAACUGUGGCCUUAUCGAGAAAAUCAAGCUUAUGGGUGCGAAUAGAGAUCAAUCACAGUCAGCUCUGGUAUCUUUUAGGCAGCCAUGUGCUUAUCAAGCAGCUCUUCUCCUUAAUAAUGCUAUUUUUGCAGGCCAGCCAAUUCGAGUUCUGCCGAAGAAGGACGAUGCAGAUCCUCCUGUCUCAUAUAGAACAAUUCCUAUCGUUUAUGAGAACAACAAGACCCGAGGAAACAUUCCGGUACUUCGAGCCGUAGCGGACGCGUUAGGAUGCGAAGGGGUUCAAUUAUCGGGGAAAACGACGGGCGGUGAUGGACAAAACCAAGGUAGCAGUGUGUGCGGCUGAUGAGGCAAUUUUGACAGCAGAGGAGGCAGCAAGAGAUGUGGCGAACAGGCUCAAGAACACUGAUUAUGUUGCGGUUGGUGCUACUUUGUUGUCUGGUGUGCUUCAGAAAACAUCCAAGCUUGUCUUGGAGCUUGGCAAUAGUAAGGGUCAUAGUCCCA